CAACUCACUUACUUACUACCUAUUUACACAACCACUAGGUUACCCAAGUCCGUGAGGUAUUCAUAGGUCCGAUCGUUUUCAUACAACCUCGUUCUCGGAUUAUUUGUCGCUGUUCAUGUGCUCAAAAUAACUGCUACCAUUAAUAUGGGAAUAGAGAAACAAGAUAGACACCGUUCAGGUGUGUUUAAACAGUCGAACAAAUUACACAAAACUGGCAGACACCGUAGCAAAGGAAGCAUUGAUAAUGAAGUCAAAGGUAAAGUCGCUUCACAGUCAAUGUUGAAACGAGCUUGCAGGGAAUUGAGAAAGGAGGAACGCAGAAAUCAGUCCCAGCAGAUACGCAAAAAAAAACGCGAAGAGGUUCUAACAAAGAAGCGGAGUCUUGGUGGAUCAUUGGCAGCCCCCUUACUCGUUGCUGUAAUUCCACUGAAUCAGGAUUUUGAUCCCCAAUCGGCCCUGUCUCUGCUAACUGGCACUGACGAAGCAGCAAUCGUUUCAAAAAGCCCCACAGGCGUCAUUCACAUUGGUAUGCCAAGAUUCAAACAGAGAUUUUCGUUCAUUUUCCCCUCACUGGGAGACACUUUUGCCAAUUUGGACGCUGCUAAAAUUGCGGAUUCGAUUUUAUUCCUGGUUCCGGCCAUUCGAAAAUCCACAAGUGGAUCAACGGACGCGCCUAUUGAUAACUGGGGAGAAGAAAUCAUGACCGCAAUGAUAGCCCAGGGUCUUCCUAGUGUCGUAGUAGCGGUUAUGGAUUUGGAAACCAUCCAUCCUAAGAAAUGGCAUGAUAGCAAGCAACAAGUGCAAAAGUUGAUUUCCAAGUGGCUACCAGAUGAAAAAGUUAUGCCCCUAGAAAAAACGAUAGAUGCAUUAAAUGUCCUUAGACGCCUGGGAUUGCAAAAGCGGAGGAGCCUGUCCUAUAGAGAUAACCGACCACAUCUGCUAGCCGAAAAUGUUACAUUCAAAACUGGAGAUCAAACCAUGUUAAAGGGCCACGGCACCUUGGAAGUAACUGGUUAUUUACGCGGCUCACGAAUGUCGGUAAAUGGCCUAGUACACAUACCUGGAUUUGGAGAGUUUCAAAUGUCACAAAUCGAUGCGCCACAAGACAUUUAUCCUUUGGAAAAAAAACGGACCAAAGAUCUUUGUACAGCAAGUGAUUUUGAGAUGGGCAAAAAUGCUGCGACACGAAUUUUGGAACGAGUUGACUCAAACAUACAGGAAUCUUUGCAGUCGGAGUAUAUACCUGAUCCCUUGGAUGCUGAACAAACCUGGCCAACCAGUGAAGAAUUGGCAGAUGCCGAAAUUAAACUGACAAAAACGAAGGUUGUAAAGCUACUUCCCAAAGGAACUUCCUCUUAUCAAGCAGCUUGGAUACCCGAUGUAGACGAUGAAGAAUUAAAUCAAGGAUCGGAAUCUGGGUCUGAUGAGGGAAGCGAUGAAGGAAUGGCAGUUGAUGCAGAGCAGCCAACCUCGAUGUAUGAGCUUAGCGAAAAUGAAUCUGGAGAUGAGAACGACUACGAAACCAUGACAAUCUCUUCCGACGCUGCACUUGACGACCAACGAUAUGAUCAACAGAUGGACAUGCAAGAAGAACGUCAAGCUAUUAUCAAAUUCAAAGAAGCGAAAUUGGACGCCCUGUUUCCCGAUGAAAAGGACACACCCCAAAACGUACCAGCCAGAGAAUAUUUCGCGAAAUACCGAGGCCUGGAAUCAUUCAGAACAAGUCCUUGGGAUCCCAAGGAAAACCUACCGGCCGACUACGCAAGAAUCUUCCAGUUUGAGAAUUUUGAUCGCACGCGGAAACGUAUAUUGAAGAAGAGUUGGAACGAGUGCGGACCAACGCCCGGCUGGUACAUAACUAUACAUGUUACCGAGGUGAACCAGGAUCUCUACAAGGCUUACAUCACCAAAGUGGAGCAACCACUGAUACUGUUUGGCUUACUGCCGCAUGAACAUAAGAUGUCCGUUCUGAAUGUUGUCUUAAAGCGCACGACCAAUAAUAGCAAAGCUAUUGAAUCCAAGACGAGAUUACUGUUCCAAUGCGGAUUCAGAAAGUUCUAUGCUUUGCCAAUUUUCAGUCAGCAUACUAAUGGCAGUAAACAUAAGAAAGCUGCUAUCGUUUUUCAGUACGAACGAUACUUUCAUCCUGGAAGUACGGUGGUUGCGAGUAUGUACGCGCCAGUAACAUUCCCACCCUGUCCAGUUAUGUGUUACAUCGAAAAUCAAGCCGGCGAUCUGGAACUGAUUGCGACGGGAAGCGUGCUUUCGGUGAAUCCGGAUAGACUAGUGAUUAAAAGAGUUGUUCUUAGUGGGUAUCCUUUCAAAAUUCACAAGCGAUCAGCCGUUGUGCGGUUUAUGUUUUUCAAUCGAGAGGAUAUCAAUUGGUUCAAACCUGUACAGCUGCGUACUAAGCACGGUCGUCGAGGUCACAUCAAAGAGCCGCUAGGUACACACGGGCAUAUGAAGUGUGUAUUCGACGGGCAGUUAAAAUCUCAAGACACUGUUCUGAUGAAUUUGUACAAAAGGGUAUUCCCGACAUGGACCUACGACCCGUACGUACUCGCAACGCCUACCAAACAAACCGAUGACAUCGAGAUGGCCUGAUUCAUCGGUUCGAACCUGUUGUUCCCAAUUCAUAACUUGUCUACCAUUUUUAUUCACCCCCGAUUGUUCUGAUACAUAUUUUAGUACAAAAUAAAAAAACAUCUAAAAUA